ACUGUUUAGUCGGGAUAAGUGUCACUUAUAUUCCGUACAUAGCGCGGUGAGCACGCCUCCUGCAAUUUCAGUGUUAAUAAAUCCAGAUAUAAUAAUAUUAUCGUAUUAGCUGCGUAAGAGUUUCGUAGCAGCGUAGCAGUAGUCUACGAGUCGUCGCGUGCGUUCGUUCAGUGCUCAAACGACCGGUCGUUUUAUAUAAUUGUGACCACUACGAUUUUAAACAAUGGCUACCAAGACCGUUAACAAUGUAGAGACCGGUGACAUGGCGCCCGAAUCCCAGGGCGGAGCACCCGCGGCCCCUCCUAGCCGGCCCAAGGGAACAUCCUCCAUCCUUGGUCUGUCAGACGUGACGGACAACAAGUUAAUUUGGAGGCAGUUGAUCGCCGAGCUAGCUGGCACCUUUAUCCUGGUCUCCAUCGGUGUGGCAUCAUGCAUCUCCUUGAGUACCGCCAACGCACCACAGACGACCAGCAUCGCGUUAUGCUUCGGUCUACUCGUUGGGUCUAUUGUUCAGGCUAUUGGUCACGUAUCGGGCGGUCACAUCAACCCGGCUGUCACCCUGGGUCUGUUCGCGGCUGGUGACGUCAAGCUGCUGAAGGCAGUCUGCUACAUCAUCGUUCAGACCCUCGGAGCCAUUGCUGGAGCUGCUUUCAUUAGGCUGGCUGUACCAGAGGAUAAAGUGGGAGGCUUUGGAAUGACUCUCCCUGGACACGGAGUUACAGAGGCUCAGGCUGUCCUAAUCGAGGCUCUGAUCACGUUCCUGCUGGUGAUGGUUGUGCACGGCGUGUGCGACGCGCGCCGCAACGACAUCAAGGGCUCCGCUCCUCUGGCCAUCGGCCUCAGCAUCACUGCCUGCCAUGCUGCUUGCAUUCCUUUCACCGGCUCCAGCAUGAACCCCGCUCGUUCUAUUGGACCCGCCCUCGUCUUGGGUGACUGGACUUCACAAUGGGUAUACUGGGUGGGCCCCAUCGUUGGCGGUGUGAUUGCUGGCGUCGUGUACAAGUUCAUCUUCCGCAUCGGCAAGACCGGUGACAGCGGCUCCUACGACUUCUAGACGAGUCCGUGACGACUGCGUGACGACACGCGGCCGACGCUACCGUGCCUUAACAUAACCCUGCCUCGCGCACACUACUUACGUUUAUAGGAUAUUGCCAAAAAUGGGUCAAAAUUGUCGUGAUAAUACAUUUGCGCCUGUUUAUUUAUAAUUGCAUUAACGUUCAAAUCAAUGAACUGUAUAUAUCUUCAAACGCGAGUUUCCAAAAUCAAGUAUUAGUAGGUAGUGCGCGCGAGGCUAUAGUAUUCAGCUUAUUGAUAUAACCCGUUCAUACGUUGGACCAAAUUGUUAUAGGAUAUUGUCAAUGGGCUUGUACUUGUUAAUUUAGUCUGUCAUUAUGCUCGACGAAAGAUCCAAAGGUUUUACAGCAAUAUUGUUAUUGUUCUACUACGAAAAUUAUGAAAAAAGCCGAUUCGAAACCGUUAUGUCGGAGUAAGAUAUGUAAUUUAAGUUAUAGUUAUAUAAAUAAAGUUAUUAAGUCUAUUUAUAUUAUGUGAAUAAAGUAUUUUUAAGUUGGAUGUUCAUUAUAACAUGUCCAUACUCGAGUGCCUGUGCUAGUUAUGUGAUUAAUUAUUAUAAAUAUUAUACUGUGAGUUAACUUUAGUUUGUAUUCACGACUAAACUUCUCAUACGAAAUGAAAAACUUUGAAAUAAAUAAUCAAUAUUAUAAAA